AUGAAUAAAAACAGAAAUUUUUUCAAGUUUUUGGACAUACAAUACCUCUUUUUCUUUGAAGUCGGCAUUGGAAUCAUAGCCAAUACUGUCCUGCUUCUCUUUUAUGUCCUCAUCUUUCUUCUAGAGCACAGAUUCAAACCCAUCAAUUUAACCAUUAUCCAUCUGUCCUUCAUCCACAUAAUUAUGCUGGUAACUGGGUGUUUGAUAGCUUUAGACAUUUUUGGAUAUCAAGACUUGGGGAAUGACAUUGCCUGUAAAUCUGCUAUCUAUUUGAACAGGUUGAUGAGGGACCUCUCCAUCUGUACCACCUGCCUGCUGAGUGCCUUCCAGGCCAUCACCCUCAGCCCCAGAAGCUCCUGUUUGGCAAAGUUCAAACAGAAAUCUGUGCAUCAGAGCUUGUAUUGCUUUCUCUUUUUAUGGGUCUUCAAUAUGCUCAUCAGUAGUGAUUUCUUAAUCUCCACUAUUGCCACCCCUAAUGGGACUUCCCAUAACCUUGUGAUUGCCACUCAGUCCUGCUCUUUUUGGCCCAUUAGUUACUUAUUUAAGUAUAUCAUUUUCUCCUUGGUGACUCUCCAGGAUAUGAUCUUUAUAUCACUAAUGGGGCUCUCAAGUGUGUACAUGGUGAUUCUUUUAAACAGGCACAAAAGGCACAGUCCCAGUCUUCACAGCACCAACUUGUCUCCAAAAGCAUCCCCAGAACAAAGGGCCACUCAGACUAUUUUGUUGCUCAUGAGUGUCUUUGUUGUCAUUUAUUUUUUGGACUGUGUUAUCAGCUCUUCAUCUGGAGUAUUCUGGAAAUAUAGCCAAAUUUAUUACUGUAUCCUAAUGCUGUUUAGCAAUGGCUAUGCCACAAUCAGUUCUUUGGUGCUCAUCAGUACUGAAAAACAAAUGACCAAGUGCUCAACAUCCAUGUUUAGGAGGGCAGUUAAUGUUUGUUCAUUUCAUCAUGGUCUUCUCUAA